AUGGGUUUUGAGGAAGCUGUGAAAUCUGACAGCAUUAUUGCAGCACCCCUUGGUGGAGAGGUGAAUUUCUAUUGUAACUUCUCACUCUCAAUGGAUGUUUUGCAAGUCACCUGGCAGAAGAGAAAUGGGUCUUCCUUCCAGAACAUAGCCACCUACAGCCCAAACCAUGGGCUGAGGCUGAUAGGGUCAUUUGAGAAGAAGGCACGUUUCACUAUAGCAACCCUGAAGGCCUCAGCUAUCACACUCCAAAAUCUCACAUUUGAGGAUGAGUCCCAUUACAGAUGCAUUUUCAACGUGUUCCCUCAUGGCUCUUACAGUAAAGACGUAUGCCUCAACAUCCAAACAAUUUCUGAGCUAACAGUGGAAUAUGAUUCCCAUGUGCCCGCUGAAGGUCUCAUCACUGCAGUUUGCUCAGCAACAGGAAAGCCUGCCCCCAAAAUCACCUGGCUGGAUGACAGAGACCUGGAUGGGUCCCCUGAAAUACAGCAUGUCCAAAAUGCAAAUGGAACAGUAACAGUGGCAAACAGACUUACCUUCUCCAGCCACCUUCGUGCCUUGGCCUGCCUCCUUGACCACCCACAGGGAAGGAAAAUGAAGGCAGUUUGCCUGGAAAAAGGAAGUGAAGGCGUUCAGAAGAGCAUAAUUGUUGUGGCAGUCUUAAUAGCUGUGGUGUUCUUAACAAUCUUGAUAUAUUGCAUCAUGAGACUAAUCAACAGACAAAGGAAAAAACUGAAGAGAUGUAUUGCACCCAGAACACCUGCAAAGGAGAAAAGCUUACAGCAAGACCUAAGUGAGAAAGCCAUGAGCCUGCACACGCUGAAAGACCAGCAGAUUGUUUAUCAAAAUGAGCCGGUGUACGAGGGUGUAUGGGGGCCUGGUGCCAGGAGCUGGGCCAGGACCACGGGCCAGCAGGCGUGUGUAUGCCCAAGUGCCAGCGACUGGGGAGAUCCAAGUGAGAGAAGCCAAGUGCCAGCCACCAGCAUGGCCCAGGGUCAGAGCCCCUGUGUCCCUGGAGUGGGCGCGGGUGAGCAUAUGAACACCAGCAAGGAUCAAGCCAGACAAGCCG